AUGGGUAUUUUGCAGCCACUGCCUCAGUCGUUCAAUUAUGGGCUGUUUCUGCCUCCCUGCGACGGCAGAGCAGGCAAAUUUCUGCUCGAAGACCGUCCGAUACGCGUUUAUCCAUUUCACGACUGUGUCCCUUACCUCGAGCUCAAAUACAAAAAACGGGUUUACAAGAUGCUUAAAUUGGACGAGAAGCACUUGAAGCAGCUUCAUUCUAAGUCAAACUUGAAAAAAUUUAUGGAACAUGUACAAGCGAUGAACGGUGAAAAAAUUGAAAAAUUAUGUAAUGCUGGUUUGGAUCCAAAUUUUCAUGAUGCGCUCGGUGAAACACCGUUAACAUUGGCUGCUGGAAUACCGAAUAAUCGGAAUGUAAUUGUCAGCUUAGUUGGUGGCGGUGCACACAUUGACUUCAGAAAUAGUGAAGGACAGGUAAACUCUUUUCUUCUUUUUUUUUAUAUAUGUUUUUUUUUUGUUAACUUAUUUUGA